AUGAGUACCUACGACGGGUACGGCUACGACGACGAGCCGCGGCGAUACCGCAACGUUCGCACCCGACCACGUGAGAGAGACGAGCCGGACUAUGUGAGAGAAGAGACGUACAUUGAGCGCGGCAAAGGCCCUGGACCACGUGGCGCUGAGUUGGUCUACCGCGGGCGCGAGGAUAGCGUCGAGGACAUCCCGCGAGACUUCCCACCACCAGGCCGUGAUGGCCGCCGUCAUGAUGACUACGCCUCGCAUCGACGUAGCAAGAGCGCGGGCGGCAGACGUUACUCCGACGACUACGAUGACGACAGAUACACCGACUACGGUCCCGCAGCUGCGGCUGGAGCAGCUGGCUACGCAGCAGGCCGACGCAGGGAGCGCGACCGACGUCGCCAUGACAGAGACUACGAUUCAGAAUACGACGAGUCACCACCUCGCCGCGAGCGCAAGAAGUCAGGCGUUGGCGACAUGCUCGAAGGUCUCGGUCUCGGCGGUCUAGUCGGUGGUCUCGUCGGCGGUAGCAAAGACAAGAAAGACCGCUCUCGUUCUGGCUCUCGCGGAGGCCGCUCAGCAAGAUCUCGUUCUCGAGCUGGCAGCCGUCGUGGAUACGAGUCGGAUGAAUCAGGUCGCAGCCGUGGCGGCGGCAAAAAGAGAACCGAGCGCAAAUGGGCUCAAGCUGCACAAGCUGCACUUGUCGCUGGCGCCGUUGAGGCCUUCCGUUCUCGCAAAGAGCCAGGUCCAUGGACGGGUGACAAGGGCAAGCGCAUCGCUACUGCUGCCAUAGGAGCUGGUGGUAUCGACGGUCUCAUCGAUCGAGAUCCCGACAAGAAAACCAAGCGCCAUCUCGCCGAAGCCGUCAUCGGCGGUCUUGCUGCCAACCGCCUUGCAAACGGCCCUCGCUCCAAGUCUCGUGGUCGCGGCGUCGACUCUCGUGACAUCUCUCCUGACAGCCGUGUGCCUCGCUCCCGCUCUCGCAGCAUCAUCGACAGAUUCCGUGGUCGUUCUCAAUCUCGUGGUCCUGGUGAUGAAGGCGGUGGAGGCGGAGGCGGAAGUGGUGCCAUCAAAGGCCUAGUUGGAGCUGGUGCUUUGGCCGCGGCGGGCAAAGCUGUCUAUGACCGUGUCCGUUCCAAAUCCCGCAAGAGACGCUCACCCUCAAACUCAAGCGCAGAUUCGUAUGUGCCCUCCCGCAACCGUCGCCGAGACAGGCGUGGCUCACCGAAUUCAGAUACCGGGACUACUCGCCGGACCGACGCAGGUACCGGUCGCGAAGUCGCUCGCGGUACUAGAGACCCCAGUGCCUCAGCUGUCGCAGCUGGUGCUGGUGCUGGUGCUGGCGCUGGCGCUGGCGCUGGAGCUGGGGCGGCCGCUCGUGGAAAUGGUGAAAACAAUGGCGAUAAUAUUUCCAGCGACAGCAGUAGUACUACGGACAUGGAGAAGACACGAAAACACAUGCGCGGAAAGGAGCUCAUCACGGCCGGUCUUGCCACCAUUGCGACAAUACAUGCGGCCCACGGAGUCUAUUCGAGUAUGGAAGCACACGAGAAGCGUCACAAACUAGUAGCAGAAGGCCAAAUGUCGGAACAAAAGGCCCGAAAAGAACAAACGAAAGCGUGGAUUCAGGACGCCGCAGCUGUCGGUAUUGCCGCACUCGGAAUCAAGGGCGCCUUUUCGGAAUGGAAGGAGAUGAAUGAACAGAGGCGUGAGAUCCAGGAGAUCGAAAAGCGGAAGGCGCAACGUCGCAAGAAACGCGUUGCUCGCCAGAAGCAGGAAGAGCGCGAACGCCACGAGCGCAUGAUGAACAUCCUCGAGAAGAACCCACAACUCGCCAUGGGCUACCACAUGCAGCAAAACGGCUAUCCUCUGCUUCCUGGCCAAGGCGGCGGACAAGGCUCUCAGGCUCCACCUCCCCCAGACCUGAGCGGAAACCCGUAUGCACCGAGAGACAGAGGACGGUAG